CACUCCUGGGUGCUUGGUGAUUGGCGUAGAGUAAUCACCUAGCAACCGCUGCUCAAAGGAAGUCAGCUGCCGUCUGGCACUCUACUGAGCUCUGGCAAGCUGGGCUCUCAGGCUAACGCAGUCUGCUCACACUCCUCUGACAGAGCAGCAUGGAGGCUGAGGCAACGGAGCUGCUGGACUGUGCUGGAUAUGACCCGUGACUGGUUUGUCACAGAAUUGGACUCACCUGCUUGGAAAGUUUGUUAAUCUGGAUUAAGAGGGUGUGGAGGACUUUCCAGGCAUUAACAGUGCAUACAUGGAGAGUUGGUAGCAUCCUUAGAAAUAUCGUCAGUGUAUGGCUGGACUGCUUGCCCCGCCUUAUGGUGUAAUGGAAAGCGGUCCAAACAGUGACAGAAUGCCGGACAAAGAGAACAUAAGCCACAACUCAUUUGUUUCAGUCUCCAAACAUCAGAAUAAGAAGGCACUCAUUGAAAGUCCAGCCAAACCCAACCCUAAAUCCAUUUCUCAGGUGCCGUCGGAGAAGAUCCUGCGGGCGGGGAAGGUUCUUCGUCACGCCAUCCUCUCCCGAGCGCCUCACAUGAUCAGAGACAGGAAGUACCAUCUGAAGACGUACAGGCAGUGCUGCGUGGGAACAGAGUUGGUCGACUGGCAGAUGCAGCAGAGCUCAUGCGUCCACUCUCGCAUUCAGGCUUUGGGCAUGUGGCAGGUGCUGCUGGAAGAAGGUGUUCUCAACCAUGUGGACCAGGAGCUGAGCUUCCAGGACAAGUAUCUGUUCUACCGCUUCCUGGAUGAUGAGCAGGAGGACGCUCCUUUCCCCAGUGAGGAGGAGAGAAAGGAGAGCCAAGAAGAACUGCAGGAUACCCUUCUCCUCCUCUCGCAGAUGGGGCCCGAUGCCCACAUGAGGAUGAUCCUGAGGAAACAACCAUCAGAGAGAACAGCUGAUGAUUUGGAGAUAAUUUAUGAGGAGCUUCUCCAUAUAAAGGCCUUAUCGCACCUGUCUACCACUGUAAAGAGAGAACUGGCAGGAGUGCUGAUCUUUGAGUCCCAUGCCAAGGCAGGAACAGUGUUGUUCAAUCAAGGGGAGGAAGGCACUUCAUGGUACAUUAUUCUAAAGGGCUCGGUCAAUGUUGUCAUCUAUGGCAAAGGUGUGGUUUGCACGCUGCAUGAGGGAGACGACUUUGGGAAGCUCGCUCUUGUCAAUGAUGCCCCCCGCGCCGCCUCCAUUGUCCUGCGAGAGGAUAACUGUCAUUUCCUGAGAGUGGACAAGGAGGAUUUCAACAGGAUCUUGAGGGAUGUGGAGGCCAACACGGUGCGUCUGAAGGAGCACGAUCAGGAUGUUCUGGUCUUAGAGAAGAGUCUGAGCAGCAGUCGAACCUCCAUCCAUGGAGCCACUUCCUCCCAUUACAAAUACACUGUGAUGUCGGGGACGCCCGAGAAGAUUCUGGAGCACUUCCUCGAAAUGAUGCGAUUGGAUUCUGAAUUCACAGAGUCAGAUCCGGCCCUGGAUGAUUUUGUGCUCAUGCACUGCGUCUUCAUCCCCAACAGUCAACUAUGUCCAGUGCUGAUGGCCCACUACCAUGCCCAGGCGUCUCAGGGCUCCGAGCAGGAGAAGCUGGACUACACCCUGAACAACAAACGCAGGGUGAUCCGCCUGGUGAUGCGGUGGGCCGCUGUCCAUGGAGAUCACCUACAGGAGGAGGACACAUCAGUCGCCUUCCUCGAGGAAUUUCUCAUCGCAGUAUCAAAUGAUGCAAGAAUGAUUUUAGCCCUCAAGGAUCAACUUCCAGAGUUGGAGAGAAUUGUGAAGCGCAACAGUUACUUAACAAUCCCUUUUUCACAUUCCAGCACAGAAAAUGCCAGAUCCACACAGAAAAAGCACAAAGUCCUGCUGAGGCAGUUCAGCAUGGGAGAUGAGAAGCUUCAGAAGCGUCAGCCAAUCAAGAGUAAUGAUGAGAUUCUAUUCAAAGUCUACUGCUGUGACCACACCUACACCACGAUCCGGGUCCCGGUGGCUGCCUCGGUCAGGGAGGUCAUCAGCGCCGUGGCCGACAAGCUGGGGUCAGCGGAGGACCUCCUGCUGGUCAACCUCAGUUCAGCUGGAGAGAAAGUGAUCUUCAAGCCCAAUGAUGUUUCAGUGUUCUCCAGUCUCAGCAUAAAUGGGCGUCUGUUUGCCUGCAGCCGGGAUCAACUGGAUUCAUUGACACCUUUACCCGAGCAGGAAGGCCCCUCCUCAGGUUCAGUGUCCAGCUUUGAGCUGAUGAGCUCUAAGGAUGUGGCCUAUCAUAUGACAAUGUAUGACUGGGAGCUCUUCCACUGUGUUCAUGAGCAUGAACUUAUCUACCACACAUUUGGGAGGCAAAACUUUAAGAAGACCACUGUGAACCUGGAUCUGUUUCUGAGGAGGUUCAACGAAAUCCAGCUGUGGGUGAUCACAGAGCUGUGUCUGUGCACCCCACUCAGCAAGCGGGUGCAGCUUCUCAAGAAGUUCAUCAAGAUUGCUGCUCACUGUAAGGAGUACAAGAAUCUGAACGCCUUCUUUGCCAUCAUUAUGGGAAUAAGUAACCCAGCGGUGAGCAGGCUGAGUCAGACCUGGGAGAAACUUCCCAGCAAAUUCAAGAAGUUUUACGGGGAAUUUGAAAACUUGAUGGACCCGUCCAGGAACCACCGGGCGUACCGUCUGGCUGUUGCCAAGCUGGAGCCGCCCAUCAUUCCCUUCAUGCCACUUCUGAUCAAAGAUAUGACAUUCACUCAUGAGGGGAAUAAGACUUUCAUUGACAGUUUGGUAAAUUUUGAGAAAAUGCGGAUGAUUGCUAGCACAGUGAAGACAGUGAGAUACUGUAGGAGCCAGCCAUUCAGUCCAGAUUCAUCUCAGGCCAGCAAGAACCACCCAGAGGUGCGGAGCUACGUGCGUCAGCUCAGCGUGAUUGACAACCAAAGGACACUAACCCAGCUUUCUCAUGGACUUGAGCCUCGCAGGUCUUGAAACAACUCAGGGACAGAGGCGUUACAUGCUGAUGCUGCUGAUCUACUACACAUGAGCUUGUUUGGUAUGAAUUUAUUCACAUACAAGCAACUAUAUGGAGGACCUAACGAUGUAUAAAUAAAGAGAUAUUAUUUCAGAUGCCAUAGCUUGAGUUCUUAAGCCUUUUAUUACUGUAAUUUUGAUAUUUUAGCAUCAUGCAACAGUAAUUGUUGGCUGGUGAAGUACCUCUCAUAUCACUGCGCUGCAGAUUAUCAUCAUCAGCUCAGAGUCACUCAUGACGAGGGGCAGACCCGGGAGCGAAUGAUCCUUGGGGGACCUCAUCCAUCAGAUUAUUGUGUAACAUUUCAGAUGUAAACACUAUGUGAUGCCGAUUCUUUACAAAUGCAAAUUCUAGAUAUUCCUGAUAUUCAGUUGUUUCAUAUAUUUUGUAUCAAAUUAUAUUUAUAAAUAUUUGAGUUUAUGGCUUUACUAUGUGUUGUAAAAUGUAUUCAAAUAUUUAUUUUGACAUUAGCAUGCAAAGGAUUUUGAUGUUGGGCUGGAUGUUCAUGUGAGCACAUUCCUCUUUGAGAGUCGUACAGUAAGUGUUGUUUGAAAACUUUUUACCCAUGUCUGCUGUAAAUAUUAAAAA